AUGGGUUCAAAACAUUCUAAUAAGGAUCAUGAAACUCGUAACAAAGCUCAACAACUGCAAUAUCGCAUUUUGUGCGACAAAGAAAAUUUGGAACUGAUUGUUGACGUUGUUAAAAGUUCUUCCAAGCAAUCUUGCUAUGUUAAUGAAGAAGUCCUAUCGACUUAUUGUGCACUAUUGGAUAAAGAGUACGAAACAGUUGAUUUAGAUUUUCAUUACAUCAAUAUGAUGUUUUUUCGUAUGCUUUCUCAUUGUGAAUCUUCAAUUUUCAUGAAGUUAUCAUUUAUGGAACUUUUACACCGAGUUCUUGAACACUUUAAGGAACUGACCGACACUUUCAAUUUGAAUUUGAAUGACUCACAAAUUAAAUUCAGAGACUUUGCAUAUAAAAUUGUAAAAGACUUUGCUAUACGAAUGGAAAAGCAUCCACUAACUUAUAUCGAA